AGAGACCAACGAGACCUUGACCUCUGCGAUAUGGUUCUAGUGGUUCAUAACCUUUCAGGGAACUCUUGCUCCCAUCUCUUCCCCACAGCUGACAGAACUUCCGCUCCCAAUCGCCAUAUCAAAACUUCAAUAGCUAGGUAGCCACCAAAGAGAGCAAGGCAUGCAUGGAGCUCGCAACGGCAGCUCUGGGCAGCCUUCUCCCCAAGCUUGCCACCCUUCUCAGCGAUGAAUACAAGUUGCAGAAGGGGGUGAGGGGGGAGAUCAGGUUCCUGCAAGCUGAAAUGGAGAGCAUGCAGGCUGCCCUCGAAAGCGUGUCCAGGCUGCCUGCUCAUCAGAUCGAUGAUCUUAACAAGAUCUGGGUGAGGGACUUGAAGGAGCUGGUGUAUGAUAUUGAGGACAGUGUCGAUGCUUUCAAGGUGAGUGUCGAUGGUCCUGUUCCUGUCCACGCGCAUAGCUUCACAAAGUUUUUCGAUAGGACCAUGGGAUUGUUGACAAAGUUCAAAAAUCGCCAUCAUAUUGGCAAUGACAUUCAAAAUAUCAAGAGACGCAUCGAGGAUGUUACCCAAAGGCGAGAAAGGUACAGAAUUGGAGCUAAUGCAGCGCAACCUGACACGGACCUCAUUGACCCUCGCGUCCUGGCAAGCUUUGAGCAUGCAUCGAAGCUAGUUGGCACUGAUGGCCCUACAGAGAAGAUCUCCAACUUGCUAACACAAGGGAAGGGUCCGCAAAAACAGAAGCUAAUGGUUGUCUCAAUCGUUGGAGUUGGAGGCCUGGGCAAAACGACAAUUGCCAAUAUGGUGUACGAAAGGCUUGGGGGCCAAUUUGACUGUAAAGCUUUUGUUUCAGUGUCACUCAAGCCGAACGUGAAGCAGAUUUUCAGCAGCAUACUACGGCAAAUUAGUAAUGAUAUAUGCACCAAUAUUGGAGAAAAGGAUCCUGAAGAACUUAUAAGGAGUAUCAGGCAAUUCCUCAUGGACAAGAAGUAUCUGAUUGUAAUUGAUGAUGUAUGGGAGGAAGAAGCGUGGAAAACCAUCGUGUCUGCUCUUAUUGACAAGAAUCAUGGUAGCAGAGUUAUUGUGACAACUCGCAAUGUUGACGUGGCUAAUUUGACUUCUGUUGACGGCGCUCUGUACGAACUAGAUCCACUCUCCGAUGAGGAUUCCAAAAGGCUGCUUUGUACAAGGAUCUUUAAUGAAGAACAGGUAAUUCAUUCUGACCUUGAGGAGGUCACAACAAAAAUUUUGAGGAAGUGUGGUGGGGUACCAUUAGCUAUCAUCACUGUAUCAAGUAUGUUGGCUUGUAUACAAAAUAAAACAAAGUAUGAAUGGUAUGGUGUGUACAAUUCUAUGGGUUCAGGACUUGAAAAGGACAAGAGUCUUAAGAACAUGCGAAAGAUAUUAUAUCUUAGUUACAGUGAUCUUCCAUCCUAUCUAAAGCCUUGUUUAUUAUAUCUAAGCAUGUUUCCAGAGGAUUAUGAGAUUCUAAGAAAGGACUUGAUACGGCUUUGGGUAGCAGAAGGUUUUGUUGAUGACAAAAAGGGCAGCAACUCAUAUGAUCUAGGAGAAAUAUAUUUCAGUGAGCUUGUCAACAGAAGCAUGAUUCAGCCGGUAGACAUGAAUCAAAAUGGUAGUGCAAGAGCAUGUCGAGUGCACGAUAUGGUACUUGAUCUUAUCAUUUACCUUGCAGCUCAAGAAAAUUUUGCUAUGCUAUCAGAAGGCCCGGACCUCAAAACAUCAGCAUGUAAGAUUCGACGAUUAUCGCUUCAAGGUAGCAAGUUAGAUACUGAUAAAGAAGAUAGAAAGGAAGGGCAAACAGCAGUGCCAGCAACGGUGGACAUGUCACAUGUGAGGUCACUCAUUGCACUAGGUGAUGCCUUUCAAUGGAUGCAACCUCUUUCAAGGUUUUCUGUCCUACGUGUUUUGGUUUUGGAACUUUUUCCAAGCAAGAACAUUGAUCCUAAGGAUAUUUUCCGUUUGCAUCAUCUGAGAUAUCUGGAACUACGAGGGGAGCUUGCAACUGAGCUUCUAGAACAUAUUGGAAACCUACAGAGUCUACGGACAUUGGAUUUGUGGGGCACGUCCCUAAAAGAACUGCCACCUAGUAUUGUUCGGCUAAAACAGCUUGAACGUCUGAUUACUAAUACAAAGGUGAAAUUUCCAGAUGGGAUUGGGAACCUAGUGUCCCUGCAAGAGCUGGCAGUGCUCGAUGUGGAAAAGUCACCAAACACCCUGGCAGAGCUAGUUAAGCUUACUGAACUACGGGUGCUGGCUAUAGCCGGAUUUGGUGAACAUGAUGAAGGUCUCAUUAAGACAUUUCUCCAGACCCUCAUUAAUCUAAACAAUAUUGUCACUCUAAAUUUUGUUGGCAGUGGGUCAUGUUCCCUAGAUUGUAUGCCGGAGCAGUGGAGAGGCCCUGCUCACCUACAAAGCUUUAAUGGAGAUUACAUAAUCUUCUCUGAGUUGCCACGUUGGUUUUCAUCCCUCUGUGAGCUCUCCUGCUUGUCCAUCUGCGUCCGUGUGCUAAGGCAGGUGGAUAUCCAACUGCUUGGAGCUUUGCCCGUGCUACGUUUCCUUAAGCUAACUUCGCAUGGCACCCCUGAAGAACGGCUGGUCCUUGGCAGUGAUCAGCCCUUCCGCUCUCUAGCAGAGUUUGAGUUUACGCACUUUUCAAGAUGCUGGCUGGUGUUUGGACAAGGAGUGAUGCCAAGGCUUCAAAGGCUUGAGUUAUACUUUGAAGCACGGAAGAGAGUGGACGGCCGUUUUGUUGCUGGCAUGGAGAACCUCACUUCCCUUAAACAUGUCACCGUCGAAGUUGACUGUCAUCGUGCCAGGACGAGGGAGGUGGAGGAUGCAGAGACCAAAAUCAGGGAUGCAGUUGACGGCCACCCGAAUCAUCCAACUCUUGUGCUGUCAAGAAGUUCCGAAUUAUCAAUGGCAGAGGAUGAGAACGAAGACGUACGUAAGGGUCCGGAGCAGCAAAGUUGGGACUUGCUGACUGCCAACGAUGAAAGGGAAGACUUGCAAAGUUAAGCGUGGUGUCCGAUUUGGGACUGGGCAGGCAUCCAAAUGUGAUUCUUAAUUAGCCAUUUAGCCCUACAUAAUCUAAUCCUAUCUUCUGAAACUAAAGCAUCAGCUAAUCAAAAUACUUCUUUGGAUGAUUUGUCCAGUUCACCACUGCUUCUAUUUCUCUUGCUCCUCUGUUUCUAUUAUUGCUCCUCUGUUUCAACUUGCAGCGGAUGCAUCACGGUUCAUUGCUGGAUACCACCAGCUCCAUGUCAUCGUGGUGGUCCCAUUCUGUUGGACCACACACAUUUCACUCCUGUCUUGUUUUCUACGCACUCUAUUUCUCGCUCCCACAUACUUCUUCUCAGGAUACUUUAUUGUGCUUGAAAAUUGACCCCACCCCUCCCGACCCCACCCCUCCCACAAGCCCCACGCUGGCUGUCCAUAAAAAAUAAACAAAAAAAUGGCUUUGUCAUGCUUGAAAUUUCUGUUCAUCUUUGCUGUCCUUUAAAUCUAUAAUGAAAAAAAACAUUAUGUCAUCCUGCUCCAAGAUAUUCAGCCAGCUGCGCAUUCCAACCCAGGCUUCAUGUUGAAUGCAUUUCACCACUGAUUUGACAAUUAUGGUAAGUUCCUCCCACAUUCUAUCCCAUUUGUUGCUCCACGUCAGCAUAUCCUUUUUGUGUGUUCCCAUCAGUUACUCCAAUUCUGUCCGACUUCACACAUGUCACUUCUCCUAUUUGAUUUUCACUGUACUCCUUUUCUACUUCUUACAUAGUUCUUACCUCCCACAAAAUUCCUCCUCUAUCAUGCAAGAAAAAUAAAUCAUCCUUUGUUGUUCUUGAUAAUUAAUUCCCCUCGUUAUCUAAAUUAAAAAACAAUGCCAUCUUUAUUAUGCUUCAGGACUGAAUCUGUCCUUGCUAUUCUCCAUCCCUUAAUCAAACAAAAAACCAUCCUGACCCCAACCAUGAAAAUAAACAAAAAUAAUAUUUGUCAUGCUGCUCCAACAUAUUCAUCCAAUUGUUCAUUCUGAACCGCGCUUCCUGUUGGAUGCAGUUUAUAUUCCACCCAGUGGGCAAUUCUUGGAAUGAAAACAACCAUCCUGCAGAAUUUGCAACAUUUGUAGCAGCUUUCAUGAAUUUGUUCCUUUGUUUGAAUCAUGGAGUGCUCAUUAUGCUGUGACUUUGUCGCUUAAAUAAAUAUCGACAUGAACUUGUUUGACUCUUGGAGUGCUCAUUAUGGAUUUCUGUAAUGAAACAUAUGUUGUUGAUCAAUUUUUGUCAACUUUGAAUUAUUUAUGUGCAUGAGAAGACAUUUAGCAUAA